AUGGCGGACACUCAGAAGCGAUCCCGUGUCUUUUUUGACAUUCAGAUCGGCGACCAGAAGGCUGGCCGUAUUACCUUUGAGCUUUUCGAUGAUGUCGUUCCCAAGACCGCAGACAACUUCCGUGCUCUCUGCACUGGCGAGAAGGGUACCGGUACCCAGGGCAAGCCAUUGACUUACAAGGGCUCUAUUUUCCACCGAGUGAUCAAGCAGUUCAUGAUCCAGGGUGGUGACUUCACUGCGUUCAACGGUACCGGCGGCGAGUCGAUCUACGGCGAGAAGUUCGCCGACGAGAACUUCGACCUCAAGCAUGACCGACCUUUCCUGCUUUCCAUGGCCAACUCCGGCCCCGGCACCAACGGAAGUCAGUUCUUUGUCACCACCGUUCCCACUCCCCACCUUGACGGCAAGCACGUUGUUUUCGGUGAGGUGAUCAACGGCAAGAGCGUCGUCCGCAAGAUCGAGAACCUGCGAACCCAGUCCGACAAGCCCGAGGUCGACGUGAAGGUGAUCGAGUGUGGUCAGCUUUCCGGCGAGGACUACGAGAAUGCGAGCAAGCGCGUCCAGGACGCCACCGGCGACCCUUACGAAGACUACCCUGAGGACCACCAGGGUGAGGAGCUGACUGCGCCCCUUGCUUUCAAGAUUGCCUCCGACCUCAAGGGUUUUGGCAACACUGCUUUCAAGGCUGGUGACCUCGAUGUUGGUCUGGAGAAGUACCAGAAGGGUCUGCGCUACCUCAACGAAUUCCCAGAGCCGGCUGAGAACGACCCCAAAGAGCUUGCCCAGCAGCUGAAGUCUCUCCGUUUCACUCUCCACUCUAACUCGUCUCUCCUCGGCAACAAGCUUGGUCGUUACUACAAGGCCAAGGAAUGGGCUGGUUACGCUCUGCAGGUUGCGGACGAGGCCCAGGCUAAGGACGCCGACCGGGCCAAGGCUCUCUACCGUCGGGCUCUGGCCUACGUCGGUCAGAAGGAGGAAGACAAUGCUCUCAAGGAUCUGGAGGCCGCCCUGAAGUUCGCUCCCGGUGAUGCCGCGAUUACCAACGAGAUCGCCAAGGUGAAGAAAAUUGUCAAGGACCGUGAGGCCAAGGACAAGAAGGCUGCCCAGAAGUUUUUCUCCUAA